UGUAGAUAGAGAGAGGAGAGAGAAAAUAGGGAUAAAGAGAGAGAAUAGAGGGAGAAAGAGAGAGAACAGAGGGAGACAUGGGGAAACCGGUGGAGAUGAAGAGGAAGAAGAAGGGCCGCCCAUCUCUCCUCGAUCUCCAGAAGCGAAGCCUCCGUCUUCAGAAACAGCAGGAACAGCAGCAGCGCGAGCAAAGGCAGCUGAAGCGAAACCCUAACCCUAACUCCAACCCUUAUGCCCGCUUCCCUAACACCCCUCCUGUCCGCCUCACCCACCGGAGCCGUAAUCCCGACCCUGAGCCGCCAUCGCCGGAAGAGGACGUGGACGAUGCGUCUGUGGCGGCUUCUGUGGAGGACGAUGAGGACGAAGAUGAGCCCGCCAAGAGGAGAAAGGAGAAGAAGCUCAAGCUCGUGUUACACCUCCCUCACGCCGACGCCAAUUCUUCCGAUGCGGCCUGUGUGGCAUCCGAAUCGGACGGGGCUGCAACCAAGAGGCGGAAGAUCGACGCUGCGGGAAAGCAGGCAGAAAGUAAAAAUUCCUCCUGGAAAGCGACGGAAGCUUCUCAAGGAGAUAGAUCAGAUUUGGGCCCCACAACUGCUCUUCCAGACAAAAAAUUAUUGGAGUUCAUCCUUGAUAGACUACAGAAGAAGGACACCUAUGGAGUUUUUUCGGAGCCUGUUGAUCCAGAGGAGCUUCCAGAUUACCAUGGCAUCAUUGAACACCCAAUGGAUUUUGGGACUGUGCGAAGGAGACUCUCAAGUGGAGAUUACAGGAAUUUGGAGCAUUUUGAGAAAGAUGUAUUCUUAAUAAGCUCGAAUGCCAUGCGUUACAAUGCUUCAGAUACAAUUUACUUUCGGCAGGCACGGUCCAUUCAUGAGCUGGCUAAGAAAAGUUUUGAGAACUUGAGACAAGAGAGCGAUGAUAAUAAUGAUCCAGAGCCAAAAAUAGCCCGCAGAGGUCGGCCUCCUGGCACCGGAAAGAACAAUAUUAACCGGCCAGUCGGCAGGCCUCCGGCAGAGCGGGCGGGUUCUGAAUUUUCUUCUGAAGCUUCCCUUGCUAAUGCUUCUAAUGGCAACCUUUCUUCAAGUCCCAUGACUGAGGCUCUUAGAAGAGGAUCAGGAUUUCAUAAGCCUGAUGUACCAGAUUUAUCUGCCAUGGCUCCUCAAUGUUUUCAGAGUUCUGAUUCAUAUAUUUUAAACAGUGAGCAUAAAUUAGAGAAAAGUGAAGAUUUUUCAGGCACUACUAUCGUUGCAGGGAGUGUGUGGAAAGGGCCCUCAAAAUCUGGAAAAAAACUUUCUGCUAAAGACGAGAAUUGGCGAGAUACACAUAAGCAAUACCAGCUCUCCUCCACGCCAGAGUUGCCUGCGCGGACAGCUCCUGCUGGAGACAGAAAGAUUUUGGUGCCAGUUGGUCUUCAUGUGGAGUUCGCAUAUGCCAGGAGCCUUGCUCGUUUCGCCGCAAACCUGGGUCCAAUCGGCUGGAAAUUGGCUGCGAAAAGGAUCGAGAAGGCGCUCCCUCCCGGGACCAAAUUUGGACCUGGAUGGGUUGGGGAAAGUGAUCAUCCUCGGCCACCUCAGUGCGGACUGUUCUUGACACCCUCUCUUACUCCUUCCUUAACACAUUCAAAUGUCUCAACAGCGUCAAGAGAUAAAUGUUCAGAAGUGGCUGAACAAGAGUGUCACUUUAAGACUUCUCCAUCUACAACUUCUGUAGCUUCUACCAGCAGAAUAUCUGAUAGCAAUUCGGCUAAAGCUUCAUCCCAGCUUCAUCAGAUAACAAUGUUGCAAGCACCAGUAAAUGGAUUCAAAGCUCCAUUCUCGCCUAGCAUGUAUCAAUUGAGUAAGUUCGCCACGCCGAAUGCCACUCCGAGCAACUUUGGCUUAUAGGUAGUAACAACCACAGCUCAGUUUCAAGCAACAGCAGCAAUCAAUCCCAGUCAUCAAACGCUUACUACCCAAUUCCUGGGUAGGAUGAGAGUUGCCAAGCCCGGGCACAAACCAUGGAAUCCCUUUGCCUUGUUCCCGUGAAGGGCGAUCGCCUUUUUGGAAACUUGGAAAUUCAGUUUCCAGUUUGGUUCUGCUCCCUGCAGGGAAUUCACAGCAGCCUGAUGAUCUAGUAUCGUAGUUGCGAAAGGGAAACCGGACGCUACUUAUUUCAC